AUGGCUCAAUUAUCAAAUAUUUUAUCACAAUUCAAUGAGCCAAUUCUAGUUUUAGGUGAUUUUAAUGCUCACCACCCUUUAUGGGAUGCCAGUACCAUCGACUCAGAUAGAGCAGGAAGUGGCCGCAGAAACCCAGAGCGUGGUUUUUACAUUCACACGGAAACUAAAGCUUCCAGUUGGUCACCUGUCGUGCAAGAGCCCCUGAAUCAAUGGGUCGACCAAGGCAUCACGCUCAUUUACAGGGUUUACGUCCUAGACACGUUUGUCAACACCAACAUCAGCGAUGACAUUCUGCAGAAAAUAAGACAAGAUUUUGUAGACAUCAGAAGAGCAGGCUUGAAGGUUUGUGCCUAUAGUUUUGCUAGUCUAAACGCAUCGAUCAUCGAAGACGCUGCUCCUAUGCAGUUAAAGAAGCACAUUGAACAGCUUGCUCCCAUUUUACAGGAACACGUUGGCGUGAUAGCCCUGAUGCAGGCUGGCUUCGUGGGCGUGUGGGGUGAGUGGUACUACACAGCCAACUAUGGCAAUGAAGGCAACGUAUCUCCAGCAGAUUAUGAGAACCGACGACAGGUGGUGUUUUCCCUUUUAGACGCCUUACCUAAAUCCAGGCAAAUAGAGCUGCGUACACCGAAUUAUAAAAGGAAAAUUCUAGAGAGACUUUCGCCUGUUACUUCAGCUGAGGCAUAUACAGAUGCAAGAUUAAAGGUCAGUUGCCUGAUACUGCCUUCCCCACUGUCUUCUAUCACUUCCAUACCUUCCACAAGUGUUCUCCUCCUACUACCACAGGUUGCUAGGAUUGGCCACCACAAUGACUGCUUCCUGGCAUCAGACACGGAUUUUGGGACCUACAUAGACAAGGCUGAGGAAUACCCUUACCUUAUGAACGAAACGAUGUAUGUGUCACAAGGGGGAGAAUCUUGUAACCUCAAUUCACCAAGGUCUGACUGUGUUACUGCACUUAAGGAACUUCAGGAGCUUCACUUCACUUAUUUGAAUUCGAGGUAUCAUCCAGAUGUGCUUCAGUCAUGGAGAACCCAAGGAUGCUAUGACACAAUAGACCAUUCACUUGGGUAUCGCCUUAUUGGCGAGUUUUCAAGAAUACCUCAGGUGAUGAAGCGUGGGACCAUUGCUACUGUUGGUAUCAAGAUAAUCAAUGUCGGUUUCUCUGCACCAAUCAAUUAUCGAUCAGCACAGAUCAUCAUCAUCAAUACUUCUUCAGGAGAGGAAUAUCAAUCACCUCUCCAGAGCGACUUUGACCUUCGACAUUGUCAUCCUGGAGUGUGCUUCUUAGAUGUCACUCUUUCGGUUCCCUCCUCUGCUUCAGCAGGUGACUACCAGGUGCUGCUCAAACUGCCUGAUGGUGAGAGCAGCUUGACAAACUUCCCUCAGUACAACAUCGUCGUCGAGAACCUGAAGAUCGAAGCAGACCCCCAGUGGAGACUCAAUCUCCUGGGCUCAACCACCAUCGUAUCAGCCAACUAAAACUUAGGGGGGCCUUCAGAAAGUCUCGCCCAUGUUCUUUGCAACUGUGGCGAAUGUCAGAAGAGGAGAGGAAGGAGGACAAAUAAGUUUAUCCGACGAACAUAUCGAUCAGAAAAUGUAAGAGUCACCUUUGCCAGUCACGACAGGAUCAAAACAAGAAAGGAGUUACUACCUAUGGCACAUCAUUGUUUAUGAAGGAAAACUGAAACAAAAACAUGAAUAAAUUUGCUUGCAUCAUAUAUACAUGUCUCUAUAUUCAAGUAUAUGAAGAUAUACAAAAUAUGCGUCUGAUGUAAAGAUCGUACCUACAGUGAUUUUACAAUGGGCGGCUGAACCCCUUGAGUGGGAAAUAAAACAGUGCUCUUUCAGUAGCAAAUUUUU